GGUGUGUGCUCUCUCUUUCUCUAGUCUUGUAUGUCUUGUGUCCCUUGCAGCCUUUCAGUCCUUGUCUUCUUCUUCUUCUUCUUCUUCUUCUUCAACCAUUCCAAUACUUUCUGUCCCUGUUUCGCCACACAAACACACCCGUUCACUUUCUCAUAUACCCUUAUCCCAUUUUUUUCUAACUCAGUAGGAAAUUGAUGCAAUUUACCUCAGCUUCUUCCAAAACUUAAACUUUAGGAACUUUACUCGAAUGGGGUUGAAUGCAAUUGUCACCUAAUCUAGUUUCUCACCUCCUUAACCCCCAUUUUAUUCGUGUGUUUUUGUCUUUUUGCGCAUAUUAUAAAUUUAUAAAUAUAUUUUAUAUAUGGACAUAAGGACAUUUCUUGUUGAACACAAAGCCCAAAGUUCUAGAAUUUGAGGCAUUGCAUAUAUUUUUCUUUCCAGCGUCUGAGAAAAAAAGGAGAAACAUUGUUGUUUUUCUUUCUUUUAUUUUUCUUCUGGGUCAGAAAAAUGUCAACAUUGCAGAUGUCCCAUGUUAUUGAUUUAGAGCAAGGAAAUCAUGAAGAUGAUGCUGUUGUUGGAGGUGUUGGGAGUGAUGAUGAUGAUGGUAGCGUGUAUUUAUCUGAUGCAGAAGAGGGUGGUUCAAGCCACUCUCAUUUCUAUUCAACACAUGGUGAUGGUGGCUCAGCAUUUGAUGAUUGCAGCUUCUCAUGUGUCUCUGAUCUUGAAGCUGCUGCUGUUGUUCAUGAUUCUGGGAGGGCUUCUUUUGCUUCUGAUUUCUCUGUGGAGCUGGGAAAUGCAGCUGGGGUUCCUGAAAUCAAAGUGCAUUUGGAUAAUAAUAUUAUUAAUAAUAAUAAUAAUAAUCACAAAGUGGAGAGGGAUUGUAGAAUUUGUCACAUGGGUUUGGAGAGUGAUAGUUCUGAGUCUGGUGUUCCAAUUGAAUUGGGUUGUGCUUGUAAAGAUGAUCUUGCUGCUGCUCACAAAAUAUGUGCUGAGACAUGGUUCAAGAUUAAGGGGAAUUUGUGAGUAUAAAAUCCCAUUUUACUUCACUCUUUUUAACUGCAAAAUUUGGUUUUUUAUGUUUUUGUAAUGCUAAAUUUGAUUGAUUCUGUGGAUGUUUUGGACACCCUCUUAUUUAUGAUUCCUGGAAUUGAGAAUUGGAUUGUUUGGUACUGCUCUA